CCCUGCCUUGUAACACAGCUCCCUGCUGCUGUUGCAUAUAUAGAUAGGUAUGGCCCCACAGCUCGGUGCAGACAGAAGAGCCUGGAGUCAGAGGAAACCUAAACUUUCUUCCUUGCUGGCCGCCCUCUACCCACUCCCACUAUGAAGAGGGAAAUAUUAACCUUGGCCUUUGCUCGAUCCGUCUUUGUCGAGUUCAUCUCCACGCUCAUCUUUGUCUUCAUCGGCCUCGGCUCAGCCCUGAAGUGGCCGUCUGCCCUCCCCAGCAUCCUGCAGAUCUCACUGGCCUUUGGCCUGGCCAUCGGUACACUGGUGCAGGCGUUCGGCCACAUCAGCGGUGCCCACAUCAACCCCGCGGUGACCAUCGCCUUCUUUGUUGGGAACCAGAUCUCCUUCCUCCGGACAUUCUUCUAUGUGAUCGCCCAGCUGGCUGGGGCCAUCGCCGGCGCUGGCAUCCUCUACGGAGUGACACCAGCCAACACCCGCGGCAACCUGGCCAUCAAUUCGCUCAACAACAACACAACCCCAGGACAGGCCCUUGUGGUGGAGAUCAUCCUCACCUUCCAGCUGGCUGUGUGCAUCUUCGCAUCCACAGACAACCGGAGGAAUGGCAACGUGGGCUCCCCAGCGCUGUCCAUCGGCCUCUCCGUCGCCGUCGGCCACUUGGUGGGGAUCUACUUCACUGGCUGCUCCAUGAACCCAGCCAGGUCCUUUGGGCCCGCAGUCAUUGUGAGGAGGUUCAGCUCCGCACACUGGGUGUUCUGGGUUGGGCCCAUCCUUGGGGCUUGCUUGGCUGCUCUGCUAUACUUCUACAUCCUCGUCCCCUACUGCAUGAACAUGUCAGACAGGGUUGCCAUCAUCAAGGGCACCUACGAGUCAGAGGAAGAAUGGGAAGAGCAGAGAGAGGAGAGGAAGAAGUCCAUGGAGCUGACCCCACCAUAGGAGCAGAUGGGGAAAACAAGCAGAAGGAGGGGAGGACACCCCACACAUGGGCUCAUGUGUGCACCAAAACCAGGAAUGAACACAUCCAGCUACAGUAGACUCUUAAGCAAAAGUCUUCUAACUCAAAGGCCAUCCAUGACUAAGAAAGAAGAGAACAUUGCAGUGUGUGUAUAUAAUCUCUCUACAUGAGCACGAGUGCUAGAAACUCUCCUACCCUAACUGCAGCCAGCUAAGCCCAGCGAAGGAGUCUCAGCCCAGGGCAGCCUUCCGUUGUGCUUUCACACCCACUCGG